AUGUCGGACGUGGAGGAAAAAUCAACUAUUACUAAAUCAGGAUCUAUUGAAUCAUUAGAUACACAACCGAUCGAUGAAACUACUAUCGUCACGUCGAUACGGAUUUCAGAAGACGAUAUGCAAACUUUCAUGUACAAAGAGGGUAGAAAAGCUAUGCUACCUUCACAAUAUAAACCAAACGACAUACCGAAUUUUUCGGAAAAUUUUACAGAAACAGAUAAAAUUUAUACAGAUCGAAAUAAGAAUAUUGAAAAUAUAGAAAACAUACAGACACAUACAAAAACAUAUCAAUCAACUCGCAAUGAAUUCAUUUCCCGACAACCACAGAUAUCUACAGAAAAUGAUAUAGGCAAAUCUAUACGAAAUGAUAAAGAGAUGAAUGAUGAUAAUUUGGACGUAUUUAUUCUAAAGAAUUUCGCUCCGUUUGAUGGUAAAAGCGAUGUUAUACAAUGGUUAGAUGAAACAGAAGAGAAAUUCAAUCAUUUUCGUAUUGGGCGACAUCUUCGAUACCAAUCUAUUUCAUUGUUAUUCAAAGGAGAUGCUAAACAAUUGUAUUUGUCACAUCGAAAAAAUAUCGAUGAUUUUUAUGAGCUCUUGCUAUCAUCAUUUCGAUCUAAUUCUAAUCAUUCAGAUACAGUAAGUUCAUGUCACCGUGAUAAUACAUUACGAAAUACAAAAUGUGAUACAUGUAGUACACAGUUAGUUCACGAAGAAAAGGUUUGUCGUUCGAAUACGAGUUCUAAAUUCUAUUCUGGUAAUCAGUCAAAUGUUCUUCCUAUGAAUUCUAAUCUUGGUGCCACCAAUGUAAAUGGUGAAGCUCCAGUAGCAACUCAAUCCAUGUUUUCAUUUAACUCAUCAACAACUCAACUAGGCCCAGUUCUAAGUGAUCUCCGUAAGGCUACAAAAUUUACAUCAACAAAUGGUGCUGUUGUUGAUCUGCUGAAACAGAAUGGUGUUAAAGAACAUGCUAAUCUUUGUGUGACUUCAUUGAUGGAUAUUAUUUUUAAAUCCGAAGAGCUCACUGCUAUUGAAACAAAAGAUAUGGUCAGCGAUGAUCGAUAUGAAGCUGUUCGAAGUAAAUUUCGUUUAUGUCCUGAAGAACUUAAUCAUAUAUGGGAGUGGCUUCACAAUGCCAUAUUGGCUAAACGUCGUACAAUUAUUGGUAAAGAAAGGAAAGCAGCAAUGAAUAAUCAAUAA